GUAUCAACUACCAUCACAUGAAAACAAUGUUUUGGUGCUUAACUUGUUUGAACUUGUCAUAUUAAGAAAUAAAUAUUUCUAACACAUUAAUAAAUUAGAUUAUUUUUAUACGUAAUCAGUAAUUCCUGUAAGCAAAAACUAAAAUUAUAAUCAUGGAAGACGACGAAGAUUUACAUCGUUUGGAGGGUACUUCAGGAGAUGCACCUGGAGGUCUAAUUAUCAAAAAGAAGCCUGAAGAGUUUCAGUUUGCUAAACCCUCCUUACUUGGUUUAGACAAAUUAGCCGCUGCCAAGCGGAAACAGAAUCGACUGAUAUCCUUUCAAACGGAAGAGAACGAAGCCGAUGGUCGAGAUAAAAGUGAAUCGGGAGGUUUAAAAGAAAGGAAAUAUAGGAAGCAUAAUGAGGAAACACCAACAUACACGGGAGGUCUAUCGGAGGAAGCUCGAAAAAGGAUGUUGGAACGAUUGCAGAAGAAAGAAAAAGAAACAAGAGAAAAAGGUGUACACUAUUCAACGCAAGACGAGAAAAAAUCACACUCGAAAGACGACGACGAUCGCUAUUACCGGCGACACAGUCGCGACAGGCGAGACAGAGACAGGAGAUAUGAUGAAAAGAAGGAUAAGGAUAGAAACGGGAGGGAUAGAGACAGAAAUAGGGGGUCAGAUAGGAGGGACAGGCGAAAUAGGGACUCGGAUAGAGAUAGUUCAAGGAGAAGUUACUAUGAACCAAGGUUUAAGGACGAACCGAGAACACCGAGCAUAAAAGCUCUAAAACCGACAGACAAAACGGCCUGGGAUGAUGAUGACGAAGAGGCAGUUCGCAAGUCCAGUUGGGACUUUCCAACUCCAUUGCCAAGGGAUACACCUGACAGGUCUACUCGCAGUGACAGGAAACCAUUGAGGGAUUCAAGGGGGAGAUUGUACGAAGAUACUCCACGGGCGACUCCACAUAAAUGGGUGAGUUCUCGCCGCGGUUUGGAUGUCGACGAUCCGGAGUGGCAAGAGGCUGAGAAGAAGUUAGACAGAGCCUGGUACAAUAUGGGUGAAGGAGAAGCAGAUGAAUCCGACCCGUUCGCAGGAACAUCAGCAGAAUACAUCGCAAAGAAAGAAGAACAAAUAGAGAAAAGAAGGAACCGCAAAGUGUCAGCUGCGAGACAGCAGAUAGACAAGGACAACGAGCUGUGGGAGCGGAACAGAAUGCUCACUAGUGGCGUUGUGCAUUCCAUCAAUGUUAAUAACGAUUUAGAUGAGGAAAGUGUUGAUCGAGUUCAUCUUUUGGUACACAAUAUUGUGCCACCGUUUUUGGAUGGAAGAAUAGUGUUUACUAAACAACCAGAACCUGUUAUACCGGUAAAAGAUCCAACAUCAGACAUGGCGAUAAAUGCAAGGAAAGGUUCCGCAUUGGUUAAGGCUUUUAGAGAGCAGAAGGAAAGGAGGAAAGCGCAGAAGAAACAUUGGAAGUUGGAGGGAACGAAAAUUGGUAACAUCAUGGGGAUACAGAAGGAACAAGAAGAAAUUGAAGAUGGGCCUACCAAAGCUGCAUACAAGUAUGCAGAGCACUUGGACAAAGAUGGUAAAGAACCCGAGUCAAAGUCAGAUUUUGUAAAGAAAAAAACGAUAACGGAACAAAGACGAUUCCUGCCCGUGUUUGCUGUGAGAGAGGAAUUAAUGCAAGUUAUAAGAGAGAAUAGUGUGAUUAUUAUCGUUGGUGAAACCGGAAGCGGUAAAACUACCCAGCUGACUCAAUACCUACACGAGGAAGGUUUCAGCAAGGCGGGCAUGAUCGGUUGUACGCAGCCCAGGAGGGUGGCCGCCAUGUCUGUGGCCAAGCGGGUCGCUGACGAAAUGGGGGUGAGAUUGGGCGAGGAGGUCGGCUACGCGAUCCGCUUCGAAGACUGCACAUCACCAUCGACGGUGAUCAAGUACAUGACGGACGGGAUCCUGCUGCGCGAGGGCCUUCGCGAGCCGGACCUGGACAACUACAGCGCGGUCAUCAUGGACGAGGCCCACGAGAGGUCGCUGUCCACUGACAUGCUCUUUGGGCUGCUGAGGGAGGUAGUGGCGCGCCGAUCGGACCUAAAACUCAUCGUGACGUCAGCAACAAUGGACUCCACUAAGUUCGCGACAUUCUUCGGGAAUGUGCCGACGUUCGAAAUUCCCGGACGCACAUUCCCCGUGGAAACUUUCUUUGCGAAGAAUGUGUGCGAGGAUUAUGUUGAUGGCGCUGUUAAACAGGCUCUCCAAAUCCACCUUCAACCUGAUGAAGGAGACAUCCUUAUCUUCAUGCCGGGUCAAGAAGACAUUGAAGUUACCUGCGAGGUGCUAACGGAGAGACUAGGCGACCUAGAUACCGCGCCACCGCUGACAGUGUUGCCGAUAUACUCCCAGCUGCCGGCGGACUUGCAAGCGAAGAUCUUCCAGCGAGCGCCGCCGGGGCAAAGGAAGUGUAUUGUGGCUACUAAUAUUGCUGAAACAUCUCUAACCGUCGAUGGUAUAAUGUACGUGAUCGACUGCGGAUACUGCAAAUUGAAAGUCUAUAACCCAAGGAUCGGUAUGGACGCCCUACAGAUCUACCCCGUGAGCCAGGCCAACGCGCGGCAGCGCGCGGGCCGCGCGGGCCGCACGGGGCCGGGCAAGGCGUUCUGCCUGUACACGCAGCGCCAGUUCACGCACGAGCUGCUGCCCGCCACCGUGCCCGAGAUCCAGCGCACCAACCUCGCCAACACCGUGCUGCUGCUCAAGUCGCUCGGCGUCGAGGACCUGCUCGCCUUCCACUUCAUGGACCCGCCGCCGCAGGACACGAUCCUGAACUCCAUGUACCAGCUGUGGAUCCUGGGCGCGCUGGACGGCACGGGCGCGCUGACGGCGCUGGGCCGCCAGAUGGCGGAGUUCCCGCUGGACCCGCCGCAGUGCCACUUGCUCAUCGUCGCCGCUCAGAUGGCCUGCAGCGCUGAAGUACUCAUCAUCGUGUCGAUGCUAUCAGUGCCGUCGGUGUUCUACCGGCCUCAGGGUCGAGAGGAAGAAGCAGAUGCCGUUAAGGAGAAGUUCCAGGUGCCGGAGUCUGAUCAUCUCACACUGCUGCACCUGUACAACCAGUGGAAGAGUAAUAACUACUCGAGCUCGUGGUGCACGGAGCACUUUGUGCACGCGAAGGCGAUGCGCAAGGUGCGCGAAGUGCGGCAGCAGCUGCGCGACAUCAUGCAGCAGCAGCGGCUGCCGCUGCUCUCGUGCGGCACCGACUGGGACACCGUGCGCAAGUGCAUCUGCUCCGCGUACUUCCAGCAGGCGGCGCGGCUGAAGGGCAUCGGCGAGUACGUGAACUGCCGCACGGGCAUGCCGUGCCACCUGCACCCCACCAGCGCGCUGUUCGGCCUGGGCUCCUCGCCCGACUACGUGGUCUACCACGAGCUGAUGAUGACCAGCCGCGAGUACAUGCACUGCGUCACCGCCGUCGACGGCCGCUGGCUGGCCGAGCUGGGGCCCAUGUUCUUCUCCGUUAAGGAGACCGGCAAGACAAAUCGUGAUAAGCGUAAAGAAGCAGCCGUGCACUUGCAGAGGAUGGAAGAAGAGAUGAAAGAAGCAGAACAGAAGAUGGCAGAGGAGAAGAGGAAGAAGGACCAAGACGUGCCCGUUAAGCAAGAGAUAGCUACACCGGGACUUAACACUCCGAAACGGACUCCACAUAGAUUAGGAUUGUAGUUUUAAUCUUUUGUUGAAAUAAUUUAAUACAUUUGAAUUAUG